CAAAAGAUGACACUACAGGCCCGUUUUUUGUUUGCACUUCCUGGAGAACGUGUGUCGGUGCGCUGAUGGCAGCGCAGGAACAACACGGCUGUAGCCUUCAGACAUCCGCAGUCUGAUCGCGGCCGAUUUCGGAGCAGCGAGCGACGCAGGUCCCGCUUCACAUCAUUUAUCUUUCGUGUGCAGCGGUUUUUUUUUUCUUUUUUUUUUCAGGCGCGGUGGGGACGUAAACACGUCGGCCUGCGCUCAUGAUCAGGGGCGAGCUGGAAUCGAUCCCCCUCACUCACGUUGCCCUUGAUCGCAAGUUGAUUUUUACUUGUGAGCAGAGCAGCUGGCUCCAAUGGCGUCGGUUGCUAAAGUGUCUAUUCUGGAUUACUUUAACAUUGUGUUUGAGGGCGAAAAUGGCAAAAUCGAGUCCAACUGCAAGGCGUGUGGCACCAGGAUACAGGCAAAGCGGAGCGUCACGUCCAACUUCGUAACACAUCUCAAGCGUAAGCACCAGGCUAUGUACGAUGAAUUUGUGAAAAGGAAAGAUAUGAAGCGAGAGGGUUCCCUGCACACGUUCACUGCCAACGGAGGGAACACCCGCUAUAAUAUCCCUGUCAGUACUGCAGCGGGAGGGGGGGGAGGUGGUUUUGGAGGAAUUGGAAAUCUUGAGAGCGGAGGUUCUGGAGGAGGGAUGACAAAGUUUGACAGACAUGACCCGCGCCAGGUUUUAAUCUCUGAGGCCAUAGCCAAGAUGAUUGUGCGUGACUUGCAGCCAAUGUCUGUGGUGGAGAACCAAGGAUUCAGAGAACUGCUUCAGCUUCUGGAGCCCCGCUACACCCCAGAACCCCAGCACUACAUCCAGAGCCAGCUCUUCCCAGCUUACGCUUAUCAGGCCCAGCUGGCCACCCGUCAGGCCCUGGCCUCAGCGCUCACUCUCAGUCUCAGCUUGGAUGUCUGGAGGGGCUUGUCUGGCAUCACAUCAGGGUAUCUCGGCGUUACCUGCCACUUUCUCACGUCUGACUGGCAGAUGCGUUCAGCCCUCCUGGCUUGCCUUCCCAUUUCUAGUUGCCGCUCAGAGAAUCACGUGCUUUCAGAUUUUGAAGAAGUAUGUCGCUCACAUGGCGUCUCAGGGAGAGCGUUUCGUGUUGUUGCAGAUGCUUUCCUGGCCACACCGACAGUAAAGCCAUGCUGUCUUCCUGGUUUCCUGGUUUCACCUCUUCUCGCUAAUGGGCAAGCCGAUGAUGAAGAGGAAGUGGGCAAUGGGGAUAAUUUGGAGGAUGGAAACAGCAACGGUCAUGGUGAUGGGGGAGAGGAAGGAGAAUGGGAAGACUCAUGGGAGCAGACUCUGGGUGUUUGUAGGGUUAACUGUUUCUCUCGCUGUCUUGAUCAGUGUGUGAGAGAAGGGCUACGUUCCUGUCCACAGAUCUCCUCCACGCUAGCCAAAGCUGCCUGCUUCUACAACUACAUUACCUCUGCUGUGCCACUAGAGAAACUCCGCCAGGUGUUCGACGGGUCUGGCCUGAUGAGCGGGGGAUCAGGCAAUGCCCCAAUUCUUACAAGAGACUGGGCUGGUCAGCUGAAGGUGCUUCGUCGGAUGCUGGACUCCAUGGAGUUCCUGGAGGAGAUGAGUGGUCCAGGGGAGCUGGCCCUAGAUGUUUCAGAGAAAGCCCUCCUGAGAGAACUGACUGACAUUUUGGAGCCUUUCACUGAGGCAUGGGACAUGGUCCACAGAGACAAACAGGAUGAUGUACAGACAGACAGACAUGUAUCCAUCAGCUUGGCUUUGCCCUGUGUUCUGGGUCUUCGUAAGCACCUCUCUGAGACCUCAGCCCCUCACUGUCCCUCUCUUGUUGUGGGUCUCAGCCAGACCAUAAACUGUCGACUGGCCUCUAUCCUGGAGGAUCCGCUCUACAUCACUGCUACCACGUUGGACCCACAGUUCAAGCUUACAUGGAGCAGCAACCCUGACUGGCACAGGCAAGUCCUCCUGGAGGAGUUGACCAAACAUUCAUCAGCCUCAAACCCUUUAGACCCCAAUACAGACCUACAUUCCCAAGCCCAGUCUCCAGCUUCAUCUCCUGUCACCUCGCUCUCAAGGCCUUGCAAGCUCUUCUCCUUCAUCAAGCAGAGACCCAUGACGCAGGCCAAGAGCCUUGAGCAGGAAUUGGCUGUGUACCUACGUGAAGAACCCACAGAUGAGGAGGCCUUGCACUACUGGCAGCGGAAAGCAAUUGACUUUCCUCUUCUCGCUCAAGUGGCCAAGAAAACAUUUACAAUACCUGCCUCGGGCACUGUGGUGGAAAGCAUUUUCAUUACAGCUGGCCGAUGUUUGUGGCCAGAGAGAGGCCGCGUCUUACCAAAGAACCUGGAAACGCUCAUCUACCUUAAAGCCAACUACAGAUUAUUAUGGACCUAGAGGUAAUAGUCAACAUUUCAGUCAUGCAAGGAACCACAGAAGGCAAA